AUGAAAGAAAUAAAAAGUGAUUCCUUGUCACAUACUACAUUUUAAGAUCAAAGCACAACAGACCUCAUCAUCCAACAACAACUAUCUCAACUAACCAAAUAGAAGCAGCGGCAGAAUCAAAAGACUGUUAAGAAGGAGAAGAUCAAUAAAUUUAAGAAUUGGAGUUAAGAAGACACCAAGAAAUUUUUUAGAAGUCUCCAACUAUUUGGAACUGAUUUCUACAUGAUCAAUUAUUUGUUCAAUGACAGAACCAGAACCCAACUAAAGCGUAAAUUCAAGAAGGAGAGAAAUAAUGCUGAACUCCAAGCCUCCUUGAAAAAAUGCAGAAGAACAAAAAUUAUGAAAUUGAAAGAGAGGUUGUCUAUUUUAAAGACUGAGCAUCAAUAAAUCAAUAAGGCUGAAACCUUAACUUAAUUCACCAGGAAGAGAUUCGAAUCACUGGCUAGUGUAGAUAGUUUGGAUAUAUAACUUGUGGAAGAACUCCGACAUUUAGAAUGACUUCUGUUAUUAGUUUGUUUAAUUAAGGCUCAUAUCAAGCCAACCACUAUUAUUUUAACAACGCAACCAAUAAAA